CGGUGCGGAGGACGCGGCGGGGAGGGGCUCCCUGUCCGCGUGCCGUCACCUCUUCCAGCGCCUCCGCUCCUCGCCGGCGGCCGAGAGGCUCCGCGCCGAGCGCCGGGCCCUGCCCGUGUCGCAGCACCGCGAGCAGCUGGUGGGCGCCAUGGCGACGCACCGAGUGGUCAUCGUCGCCGGGGAGACGGGCAGCGGGAAGAGCACCCAGGUGCCGCAGUUCCUGCUCGAGGAGUUCCUGGCCGGAGAGUCCCCGGGUGGCAGUGAGGAGGAGGGUGGUGGUGGUGGUGGUGUCGCCCCCUUCAUGGUGGUGUGCACGCAGCCGCGGCGAAUCUCGGCCGUGAGCCUCGCUCGGCGCGUCAACCAGGAGCUGGGAGCGCACGGAGAGCCGGGCAGCGAGUCGUCGCUCUGCGGCUACCAGAUCCGCCUGGAGCGCCGCGCCGGGCCCUGCUGCCGCCUGCUCUACGCCACGGCCGGCGUGCUCCUGCGCCGGCUGCAGGUGGAGCCGGCGCUCUCGUCGCUGUCCCACCUCGUCGUGGACGAGGUGCACGAGCGCGGCGCCCACAACGACCUCCUCCUCGCCGCCAUGCGCCGGCUGCUGGCGCGGGCGGCGACUUCGGCGGCGUCUUCGGCGGCGACUUCGGGGGGGCGGCAGCGGCAGCAGCAGCAGCGGCAGCCGCCGCGUCUCAUCCUCAUGAGCGCCACGGCCGACUGCCGGCGCCUGUCGCGGUAUUUCGGCGGGUGUCCCAUCGUCACGGUGCCCGGGCGCACCUUCCCCGUGCAGGUGAGCUACAUGGAGGACGUGGUGGAGUUGAGCGGCUACGCGCUGGACUCGGACUCCCCGUACGCCUUGCGCGACCGCGACCAGCAGCAGCAGCAGCAGUCCACCGCCGUCACCGUCACGGGAAGGGCCGGACAAUCGCGUCGCGUGCAGCUGUCGUGGGAGAAGGAGGGGGCGGCCGGCUCGGACCCCAGCGGGCUCGACCCGGCGCGCUACAGCGCCCGCACCCGCCACGCCGUCGCCACCGCCAACUCCGAGCGAGUCAACCUGGAGCUCGUGGUGGCGCUGCUCGCCCACCUGGACACCAGCGCCGAGCUGCGUGCGGUGGAGGGCGCCGUGCUCGUCUUCUUGCCGGGCUUCGCCGACAUCCAGGAUCUGCACGACGCGCUCAGCCAGCACCGGGACUUCCGCGACUCCCGCCGGUACAAGGUGGUGCCGCUCCACUCGGUGCUGUCGUCACGCGACCAGAGCGCCGCUUUCUCCAUCCCUCCGCCGGGUGUACGCAAGAUCGUGCUGGCGACCAACAUCGCCGAGACGGGCAUCACCAUCCCCGACGUGGUGUUCGUCAUCGACGGCGGACGCAGCAAGGAGAACAGGUACAGCGAGAGUGGGCAGAUGAGUUCCCUGGUGGAGACGUUCGUCAGCAAGGCGAGUGCCGAGCAGCGGCGCGGGCGGGCGGGACGCGUGCAGCCCGGCUUCUGCUUCCGCCUCUACACCCGCAGCAGGUACGAGGGAUUCCCGCAGUUCGCCGUGCCCGAGAUCCAGCGGAUGCCCUUGGAGGAGCUGUGCCUCAGCAUCAUGAAGUGUGGGCUGGGUCCUCCGGAGCAGUUCCUGUCGGAGGCCCUGGACCCCCCGCCGGUGCCGUCGGUGCAGCGCGCCAUGACGGUGCUGCGCCGACUCGGCGCCUGCGCCGCCGCCGCCGCGGGGGCGGGGGGCCCCGACGCGGCCGGCGCGGGGGGGGGCCCCCCCCCCCAGGACUGGGUGCUGACGCCGCUGGGACACCACCUGGCGGCGCUGCCCGUGUCCCCGCGCGUCGCCAAGAUGCUCAUCUUCGCCGCCUACCUCGGAUGCCUCCCCGCGGCGGCUGUCAUCGCCGCCACGGUCGGGGAGAAGUCCCCGUGGGUAGUGCCAAUCGGGAAGCGGUCCGAGGCCGACCUCGCCAAGCUCAGCCUCUCAUUGGCCAGCUCAGACCACCUGACCUUUUAUCGAGCCUAUCAGAGGUGGCAGGCUGCCCGCAGGGAGGGAGUGGCGGCCGAGACGGCCUUCUGUCAGCGCAACUUCCUGAACCACAACGCCAUGACCAACAUCUCGGACGUGCAGAGAGAACUCGUGCGCCAGGUCGAGGCCUUGGGCUUCAGGAGCGAUCGCUCGGCCAUGAAACCCGACCUCGGACCCGGUGACAUCGCCCUGCUAAAGGCGGUGCUCACGGCGGGCCUCUACGACAACGUGGGCCGCGUCCGCGUGGUUCCCGUGGUGCCCGUGGACCCCAUGGAGGCGUCCGCCGAGAAGGCGCCGUGCCUGGUGGAGACGCCGCAGGGCCCGGCGCACGUGCACCCCUCCUCGGUGGCCCGCGCACUCCGAGGGCCCAGCUGGCUGCUCUACCAGGAGAAGGUGAAGUACGCCCGCGUGAGCGUGCGGGACUGCACCCCGGUGGGGGCCGUGCCGCUCGUGCUCUUCGGCGGCGAGAUCGGCGUGCGGCACCGCGAGCGCCUCGUCACCGUCGACGGCUGGAUCCACUUCCAGGCGCCAGCUCGCGUGGGGGUGAUCUUCAAGGAGCUGCGCGCCGCCAUCGACUCGGUGCUUGAGCGCAAGAUGGCGAAUCCCAAGCUCCCACAGCAGGACGAGCCUGCCAUCAAACUGCUGCUGGAGCUCAUCCGGUCCGAGGCCGGCUCCGUGUGAAGUUCACCAACGAGUCAACCAGAUCAUCCGGGUCAUCCAGAUGGUCAGGACCAUCGGC